GCGGUGGUGUCGACCUGCGCAUGUGGCUCCGAGCGCGUGAAUGCUCGCACCUUUCGGGUUCGAAUUUCUUGUUUGAGAGUUGUUGCUCCCAUCGGGCCCGUGAGAGAUCCCUCCGUCGACCGCCGAUCCUGGCAUCGACACAUCCAUCGUCGUGCGCAUCAUCGGGACUGCACAAGUGAAUCAUGAACAAACAGAAUGCGGUUUCGUUGGUGCUUGUCGUGGCGGUGGUCGUCUCCGCCGGGGGGCAGGCCGCCGAGCUUCCCAACCACUUGAGGGAGGACACGAUAUCGGCGGCGGAUAUGUACGAGUCAUCGCCCCGGAUUGUGUCCGUGGCUGGGGCUGCAAAAAACACCAUCGGACGUCCAACGAGCGCUCCGACGACGACGACGAAAAUCCUGAACGCAGUCGCCGUCGAUCCCGCUGCACCGGCUUCCGCGGUCGUUCGUGCGAAGGAAUCCGCCGAAUCUGUCGUCGGAGAUUCCGCCAUCGCCGACGUUGGAAAUGUCGAUGAGCCCGUUCUCGUGUUCGUUCGGGAAGCUGACAACAACGACAACAACAACAACGACGACGACGACAACAUCAACAACAACAACAACGAUGAACAACGUCAAGCGAACGCGAAUUCCCUGAGGCUCAAAGAGGAAUCGGCGUCGAUCUCAUCAACGCACACGACUCAUUCAGUAAAAGCCAUCGCCGCCCCCGUCGACAACAACGAACACAGUGUAGGUGAACGACGCGUCGAAAAAGUAACGCCUGUCAAGGAGAACACCGUUGCGACACAUGCUGUCAAAGGAGGAACCUGCUCUGUUCGUCAGGCACAGAACGGUACCGUCGCUGCCGACCUACCGGACGAUGCCGUCGACGACAUCAACAACAACAACAGAAGCAAUAAGUACAACAGCUGCAACAGCGAGGACGGCAUCGCAUUACGCAUGUGCCUCACCUCGACUCUACAUACCCUCAGACUACAACCCGCAAACGGGACUCACGUCCUCGUCGACUACUUCUUCGCCGGCGGGCAGUCCCCGGGACUCGGACUUUCGGUGCUCGCAUCAAAUACCGUUGACGAGCACUCUGAUAACACUGGCGACAAAUCUGAACGCGACGAAUUCAUCGACAACGAACCCCGUGACAACGACGACAACGAAUGGACAUUUUUCGCCAAAGCCGUCGCCGAAUCACGUCAAGAAGAAGAAACGGCUGCUUCGAAAGCUUCGAUUUCAGCUUCGGUUCCUUCACGCUCGGCUACACCGAAUUCCCUGACGCCGAGCUCUCUGCCAACAUCCCCCGCGCCUUCGUGCAGCCUGCUGGCAUCGCCUUCGAUCGGUGAUGGCCGGAGUGCGCGAAGCAAACGACGUUUGCACUCUUCAUCUGCGAGCAAUUGUUCGUCGGACAGCGAACGUUCGUCGAGUCCGUCCGGCAGCGGAAAAUACGUUUGUCUCGAGUGCGGGAAACACUACGCAACGUCGUCCAACCUUUCAAGACACAAACAGACCCACAGGAGCCCCGACUCUCAGCUCGCAAAGAAGUGUCCAACUUGUGAAAAGGUGUAUGUCUCAAUGCCGGCGUUGGCGAUGCACAUCCUCACCCACAACCUCAGUCACAAGUGUAACAUCUGUGGUAAGGCCUUCUCGCGACCGUGGCUGCUGCAAGGACACAUGCGAUCGCACACAGGCGAAAAGCCUUUCGCCUGUGUUCAGUGUGGCAAGGCCUUCGCUGACCGCUCUAAUCUUCGGGCGCACAUGCAGACGCAUUCCACUUCGAAGCAUUUCCAGUGCCCAAGGUGUGACAAAAGCUUCGCCCUGAAGAGCUACCUCAACAAACACCUCGAGUCGGCGUGUCAGACCAAGGACGACAGCAGCUCGAGCUCUCGUUCUUCGAUGGCUGAGGCGUAA